GUGGAGCUGCUCUCAGACUGAGGGAACAGGUUAAAUUUAGAGCAGGAGGUCAGCGCUGAGGAACACCAACAAACAAACUGAAGCUCCUCCUAACCAACACCUGAUUUUAGUUUAGAUGAAAAUCUGAAGCUGCUUCAAUUCUCUGGUCCAACACCAACUGGACUCUGGCUCUUCAGAUGGAACAAGAAGAAACAGAACAGGAAGAAGUAGAAAAAGGAUAAAAGUCGUUUGGAUUACAAAGAAGAAGUUGAUGCUGUGAAGUUUGGACCUAGCAGAAGUUGGCCAGGGAGGACAUCAUCAGGUUGCUGAAAUCUGACAGAACUGGACCUGAGGUUCUUGAGGCCCAUUAUGGGUCUGCUGUGCCCAGGAAAGCCCUGCAGGCUCUGCAGAGAGACGGAUUCCUGCUGCACGGCAGCUGCAGCUCUGAUGAUGUGUACGAGACUCCCAUGAAUGAGUUGGACCGUCUAGAGGACAAGCAGAGGGAGACGUACAGACGGAUGCUGGAGCAGCUGCUGCUGGCCGAGAAAUGCCACCGUCGAACCGUCACAGAGCUCAGCAACGAGAAACGGAAACACGCCGACUUCAUGAACAAGAGCGACGACUUCACCAACCUGCUGGAACAGGAGAGGGAGAGGCUGAAGAGGCUGCUGGAGCAGGAGAAGGCCUACCAGGCUCGUAAGGACCAGGAGCACAGCAGGAGGCUGGAGAAGGUCAGAGACGAGCUGGUGAAGCUGACGUCCUUCACGCUGAUGUUGGUGGACGAGCGACAGCAGCACGUGGAGCAGAUGGACCAGCAGAACCAGAAGAUCCAGGCCCUCAGUCAGAAACUACAGGACAAGGAGCAGCAGCUGGCAGCUGUGACUGACGCCGCCACAGAGGACGAACAGAAGGUCCUGAAGCUGGAGGCCGAGCUGGAGCUCAAACAGACCAGGUCCAGUCAGGAGCACGAGAACAUGACUGCCAGGCUGGUGGAGCACGAGUCCCAGAACCGCCAGCUGAGGCUGAGGCUCACCGGGCUGACUCAGAAGAUAGAGGAUCUGGAAGAGAGCAACAAAGUCCUGCAGAGAUCAGAUGAGGACUUGCAGCAGCUGAGGGAGAAGAUCAGCAGAGGCGAGUGUGGGAACUCCUCCCUCAUGGCUGAGGUGGAGAACCUGAGGAAGAAAGUUCUGGAGAUGGAAGGGAAAGAUGAAGAAAUCACCAAAACCCAGACACAGUGCAGAGAGCUGAGGACAAAGCUGCAGGAUGAGGAGAACCACAGCAAGGAGCUGAGGCUGGAUGUGGACAAACUCCAGAAGAAGAUGGUGGAGAUGGAGAAACUGGAGGGAGCGUUCAGCAGGAGCCAAUCUGAGUGCUCCCAGCUUCACACCAACCUGGAGAAGGAGAGGAGGACUCUGACGGAUCUGCUGUCAGAAGUGGAGCGAUUAAAAGCCCAGCUGAAGGACCUGGAGUCUUCAGAGUCGAAGCUUGAGAAGGCAGAGAUGCUCCUUAAAGAUGAUGUCAUGAAAAUGAAGUCCUUCACAGUCACUCUGGUGGAGGACAAGAAGAACUUAUCAGAGAGGCUGAGGCAGGAGGAGCAGAAAGGUGCUGAUCUGAGGAAGAUGCUGAAGACAGAACAGGGCAAAGUUAUGGAGGUGACCGAGAAACUGAUCGAGGAGAGCAAGAAACUUCUCAGACUCAAAUCUGAGAUGGAGGUCCGUGUGUCCGCUCUCACAGAAGACAACAAGGAGGUGAAGGACAAACUUGCAGGUGAAGAAGAAAAGUGCAAGAAGCUGAACGAUGAGCUGAAAGGGAUGAAGAUGAGGAUGAAGGAACUCCAGGAGACAGCAUCGUCCAUCCAGGACCUCAACAAGGUGGAGGAACUCACGCUGGAGCUGGAUCAGCUCAGAGGCCGGUUGAAGCAGCUGGAGGUGGUGGAGGGAGAUCUGAUGAAGACUGAGGAUGAGUAUGAUCUGCUGGAGAAGAAGUUCAGGACAGAGCAGGACAGAGGCAACACCCUCUCCAAGAUGUUGGAGGAGAUGAAGAGCCAGAUCGCCAGGAGCAAAGCAGUGGAGAAAGGAGAAACCACGAGUCCGGAGGCCGAGCUGAGAGUCCGCUGCAGGAUGGAGGAAGCCAGAACCAGAGAGCUUCAGGACGAUGUCCAGGUCCUUAAGGAGAAGAUCCACGAGCUCAUGAACAAGGAAGACCAGCUGUCCCAGCUGCAGGUGGACUUUUCUGUCCUCCAGCAGAAGUUCAUGGAAGAGGAGGAGAAGAAGAAGAGCAUGAGUCAGGAAGUGGAGAACCUGAGCAGAGAGCUGGAAGCUGCCUGGCGCUACAGCCGAGCUCUGAGGCCCGGCACCAAUGGCAGGAGGAUGGUGGACGUCCCGCUUACCUCCACAGCGGUCCAGACUGACCCGGUCACCGAGUCCGCUGAAGAUGACACAACUGCAGGGUUCAUCCGGAAAUCAGUUCAAGAGGAGAACCACCUCAUGAGCAACCUCAGGCAACAGGGUCUGAAGAGGCCAGCAGUCCUGAACCGAUACCCUCCAGCAUCAGCAGAACUUGGAAUGAGAACAUCUUCACUCCCCUGGAUGAAGAAGGAGGCCAUCAUGCUGACUCAGACCAAAGGCUCCUCCUCACUCCGUUCACCUGAAGCGAUCCAAAGACCAGGUCCACCUCUACACAUCCGCGUGAUGCCAGAUCCUGGGACCAGCACCGCCACCCUGGAGAUCACCAGCCCACGAGCUGAGGACUUCUUCUCCAGCACCACCAUCAUCCCGACUCUUGGCCUUCAAAAACCACGGAUCACAAUUGUCCCCAAACCCACAGCUGUGGCCUCGAAGACCAGUGGCUGUGGUGCAUCAGGAGGUCUUCAUCGAUCCAAGUCUCCCAUUACGAUAACCACCAUCUCCAGGACAAGAAGUCCAGAGGAGACAAGAAGCAGUUCUGGUGGUCUCCAGUCCCCAGUGUCCAUCAUCACAGUCAGCACCACCCCCGUGUCUGAGGCGUGUUCUUCAUCCAGUCCCCACCAGACCACCACCGGAGGACGAACCCUCAUCAGGAUGACCUCCGACAAGCAACCAGAACCUGUCAGGAAGUACAGCGGCAACAUAAUUACAACGGAGGAUAACAAGAUCCACAUCCACCUGGGUCCUCAGUACAAGAGACCCUCUGAGGUCUGUGGAGGCCCCGUGGUGACAGUCAGACCUGAAACUGCCUCAGAAACACCACCAGGGACAGUUCAUUGCUCCCCACGCCAGCCCUCAUCAGUGAAGGCGAGUCAGAACAAAAUGACCAGUAGCUUGACCAUCACUCCGCUCAGCUCUGCAGGGUCCAGACCCAUUCAGAACAUGCAGAGCAAGCCUGGUUCUGAUGUUCCAUCAGCUCGCGCCUCCACACGGAUCCCUGUGUCCAAAACACUGAAAGCAGGUGGGACCACAGUUCUGGGCAUGUCAGCAGUGACAUCGUGGUCUGAAAGUCAGGCAAUGAAGAUUGAGCUGAGAAAGUCUUUAGAGUGCAGCUCAGCCUCAGCAGGUGGAGGGAAGAGCUGAGGUCCAUGAGUUAAAGUUACUUUAAUAUUUAAUGUUUAAAUCCCCAGGUUCAGUGUAACUCUGCACGGUUUGUUUGUAUCCGGAUGAUCUGCACUGCUUUUUGAUGAAACUUUGUAUUUUAUUAUUCAUGUGCGUUUAUUUGACUUACUGAGGCACUGUGAACUCAGUGAUCUGCUGUUCUUUGUUACAAACAAUAAUAAAAUUAUUUAGAUACAUUAUUGCA